AUGGUAAUCAAAUCGCUAUACACAAUCGACAUUCCGCAACACAGCUUUCCCACCCUGAUUUUCGGGGAUCCAGCAGACGUUCUCCCAGACGACAAGCCAUAUCUCCUCGAUCAUGCCAAUCCCGAAACGCGAAAUCUCACUCGCCACACAUUUCGACUAUGGAGUCAACGAUUCGCUGCCGGUUUGCAAAGAGCCGGCCUGAACAAAGGCGAUAGGGUGGUUGUCUUCGGCACAAACAAUCUUUUCUACCCAGUGGUAUUCAUGGGCGUGAUAAUGGCUGGUGGUAUAUUCAGUGGCUGCAAUCCAACAUAUUCGGCGCUGGAAUUGGCACAUCAAAUCAGAGAUUCAGAUCCGAGGUUUGUCAUAAGUCAAGACGGUGAUGCGAUGAAGACAUGUCUAGAGGCCGCGAGGAAAGUGGGAAGGGGUCAUGAGAAGCGAACGUUCGUACUUGACGAUCGCCACUUCGAUCUUAAUGAUUUCACAAAGGUUCAGCCACAAGAUGGAGACCUUGGCUGUCGUCAUUGGAGUUCAUUGAUCGUAUCAGAAGCAGAAGGUGGAAAAUUUGUAUGGGAUCCCUUGAUGGGCCCCAACGAAGCUCGAGAUACUACCAUGGCAUUAAACUACUCCUCAGGCACCACCGGUCUCAGCAAAGGUGUCGAAAUCACACACGGCAACUACGUCGCAAACGUCUUACAGUACCACAACCACAUGAGCCAAGAUGUGGAUUACGAGCUAAAACACCGAAGUAAAGAGCAAUGGCUCUGUUUCCUGCCCUUAUAUCACGCAAUGGGUCAAAUGUUAAUGUUGGGGGUGGCACAAUACCGUCGCACGCCCGUUUAUAUCAUGGAGAAAUUCGAUUUCGAGACGGUUUUGCGGAAUGUUGAAAAGUAUCGCAUCUCGCAUUUGAUUCUCGUACCGCCGGUUGUGGUCAUGCUUGCUAAGCGACCGGAGACCAAGAAGUACGAUCUUUCUUCUGUGCGAUUUAUUGGAUCCGGAGCUGCGCCGUUGAGUCGAGAGGUAUCGGAAGAAGUUGAGAAUCUGUGGCCGAAGGGUGUAGUCAAUAUUAAGCAGGGAUGGGGGAUGACCGAAUGCACAUGCGCAUGCCUAGCCUGGGAGCCAGGCAAAAUCAGCAAAAGCCACAGCGUAGGCUGGCCCAAUGCCAACUCUGAAGCGAAAAUUAUGUCCUUACCGGACGAGUUUUCAAGUGGACCAUCUUCUAAUACAUCUGAGGCCAAAGAGUUGGGACCAAACCAAGACGGUGAGCUCUGGGUGCGAGGACCACAAGUAAUGAAAGGAUACUGGAGAAACCCCAAAGCAACUGCCGAGACUUUGACACCAGACGGAUGGCUACGAACGGGUGAUAUUGGUUAUUACGACGAGGAGAACAAAUUCUUCAUUAGUGGGCGGUUGAAAGAACUCAUCAAAGUGAAGGGCAUGCAAGUAGCACCUGCAGAACUAGAUGGUGUCUGUCUCGAGAGUGAGGGAGUCGCCGACGCAGCUGUUGUGGGCGUUACAAUCAAUGGACAAGAACAUCCUCGAGCGUAUAUUGUACUCAAAGAGGGGGUUGCAGCAACCAAAUCGACGGCGGACCGGAUAGUCGAAGAAGUGAAUGCGAAACUCUCCCAGCACAAGAGGAUAACUGGUGGUUUGGUGUUUGCCGAGGCGUUGCCAAAGAAUCCCAGUGGGAAGAUAUUGAGACGGUUUUUGAGAGAGCGUGCGCAGAAGGAGGUGCAGUCAGAGCAAGGAAUAAUCAAGGCAUCGCUGUAA